AUGCAGUCCCCAAUCCACACUCGGCGCCUGACACUCGUCCGCCUACACGACACAAGCCCGGGAUCCCAGCACAUCCAAUGGUACCACGAGAACUGGUCCGACGUCGCCGCCACAUCCUGGAGUCUCCGCGGCGCCUCCAAAUCGCUCGAAGAAAGCGGAGAGCGCAUGGUGCAGCAACUCACCGAGACCUCCAUCCUCUUCUACGCCGUAUUUGCCAAGCCAUCCGAGGGCGAGGUCGCACUGCACAAGGAAGGACAUGUAGAACUAGGUCGACAUCUCGGCAGCAUAAGCCUACGUCGACAGAAUGGUGGACCGACACUGCAGCCUCCAGGCCCCAGCACCACCACAGAGGAUGCAUCAUCUGCACAUGCUACAACGGAUCUCCAAGUCCUAGGCUACGCAUUCUUUGAGGCAGCGAGGGGGAAGGGGUAUGCGGCGGAAGCAACUGGUGCAGUACUUGACGCGUAUGCAGCAUUUGUUGCGCCUGAGAAAGCGGUGACGAGCACGAGGUUCUACAUUGAAGCUUGUGUGGAUGAGGAGAACCCAGCGAGUAAGGGCGUGUUGAGGAAGUUGGGGUUUACGGAGGUCGGGUGGAAAGACGAGAAGGAGAAGGUGUUUUUGAAUGGGGCGUGGAGGGAAGGGGGGUAUUGGGUUUGGGGGCUGUAUCUGGAAUAUGGCGAGAUGGCUAGCAUUAUGGAAAUUCAAGAUGCAAUUCCAAGAGAAUGGUAUCGCCCCAACGCGCUUUCACACGCGUCCCCCAACCCACCGACUUUCACCACACCACGCCAUGCUUCCCUUCCGACGUAUCUGAAAGGAAACCAGCCCUUCCGCCUCCACCAAAAAGACAAAAUCAUGGACGCGCCCUCUCUCCAACUCAACCUCGAGAUCCGCGACGCGGUUGUAAAAUCCUUUGCGACGCGGCGACCCGUCCUACACCACUUGAACGCGGAUACCUCAUGGCUGCUGCAGAUACCACGGCCGGCGAAUGCAGUCAAGCACGGCAGUCGCAUCUACUACAACGUGCUGAUUGACCCGUGGUUUGUUGGUGGCCAGUCGGAUGUCGCGCGCUGGUUCUCGCAGCAGUAUCAUGCGACGGAGAGUGCGGUGAGGAGUGUGGCGGAGGUGGAAGAGUUGGCACGGCAGGUGGAGAUACUGGCGGGGGGGCUGAGGGUAGGGGGAAGAAGGGGGAAGGGGAGGGGGAGGUUGAUGGACGAAGACGAGGCGGAGGAGAAGGAGGAGUCGUUUAUAGAUGUUGUGGCGAUUAGCCAUGAAUUUACGGAUCAUUGUCACAAGGAGACGCUGUUGGAGCUGCAUAGCGAUGUACCCGUCUUUGCGACCGAGCAAGCCGCAACCCUCAUAUCCUCCUGGUCCCACUUCCGCACCGUAACCCCCACCCCAACCUUCCCCACCCACGCAGACUGGCACGACUACUCCCUCCCCCCGCUCCCCACCUGGCUCAGCAUCUCGCGGCUCACAGCCCCAAAAGACAGCCUCUUCUACCACUCCGCCCUCCUCAUCACCUUCGCAACCCACCCCUUCCUCCCCAACACCACACCCAAAAAACAACGCCCCUCCCUCUCGAUCCACGGCGACACCGCCGACGACACCCACUACUCCCCCUCGGCCUCUGAACCCGCAGAAUGCAUCGUCUACACCCCGCACGGCAUUCCCCACCAAGCACUCUCCCCCAUCCCCACUGCAGACCCCCCUUUACACACCCUCGCCUUCCUCCACGGUCUCCACGACGUUUCCAUCUCCGCCGCCCAACAACUCAAUCUCGGUGCGCGCAACGGCUUGCUCGCCCAGCGCCUACUGCGCGCCAAGUACUGGGUUGCGACGCAUGACGAGGUGAAGAAGGGUGGCGGGUUGGUGUCGUGGUUUCUGCGCCGCAGGGUCUGGACGGUGCAGGAGGCGCUGCGGGAGGUUGGAGGUCAAGGGGUAGGGGAGUUGGAGGAUGUGAGAUUUCAGGAUUUGGGAAAUGGAGAGAGUAGGAUUUUGGAGUGA